UCUCCUGGGAUCCGGAAGAAGUCGCCUUUCUGCGCGGAAGUCGGCACUUUGGAGUCAUAGAAGUGAGCCACGCCGGGGCUGUGGAAAUAAGAUGGCGGGGAAGAAGAAUGUUCUGUCGUCUCUGGCAGUUUACGAUGAAGAUUCAGAGGCCGAGUCUGACGGAGAGGCUGGAGUUGAAACGGCAGGCAGCGCGGCUGACGAGAAAGGCGGAUUGGUAUCCAAAGCCUAUGGAGACGAUGACUUUUCUCGCCUUGCGGGUGAUGAAGAUGGUUAUGAAGAGGAGGAGGAUGAGAACAGCAAACCUUCGGAAGAUGACGAUUCAGAGACUGAAAAACCUGAGGCUGAUGACCCAAAGGAUAACCCAGAAGUAGAAAAACGAGAUCCCCAGGAAUUAGUUGCCUCCUUUUCUGAAAGAGUCCGGAACAUGUCACCUGAUGAGAUCAAGAUCCCUCCAGAGCCCCCUGGCCGGUGCUCAAACCACUUACAGGACAAGAUCCAGAAGCUCUAUGAACGGAAGAUAAAGGAGGGGAUGGACAUGAACUACAUUAUCCAGAGGAAGAAGGAAUUUCGGAAUCCCAGCAUCUAUGAGAAGCUCAUCCAGUUCUGUGCAAUUGACGAACUCGGCACCAACUAUCCAAAGGAUAUGUUUGACCCCCACGGCUGGUCUGAAGACUCCUACUAUGAGGCAUUAGCCAAAGCCCAGAAGAUUGAAAUGGACAAGUUGGAAAAGGCCAAAAAGGAGCGAACCAAAGCUUGUUGCAGGGACGUGUCUGCAGCACCUGGGGGCCGGAGCUGUCCUUCCCCUGUGCGCAUGGGCACCGCCUCCCCCGAGAUUGAGUUUGUGACGGGCACCAAGAAGGGCACCACGACCAACGCCACGGCCACCACCACCACCACGGCCAGCACAGCCGUCGCAGACGCCCAGAAGAGAAAGAGCAAGUGGGACUCGGCCAUCCCGGUGACGACGAUAGCCCAGCCCACCAUCCUCACCACCACGGCCACCCUGCCAGCUGUUGUCACCGUGACCACCAGCGCCAGCGGCUCCAAGACCACGGUUAUCUCUGCCGUGGGCACCAUCGUGAAGAAGGCCAAGCAGUGACGCGAGGGACCCCAGGGACCGGCUUAGGGUGGCUUGGACAGUCUCCCCUCCAUGGAGGGGAGGAGCCACUCUGGGACCUGACGAGACCGCGGCCUCCUGGGAGGUUCCACAUUGUACAUUUCAGGACUGGGACCCAUUCCCCUCCCUCCUCCCUGUGAGGAGCCCCGGGUGGCAUUUGGCCUGGAAGAGACGGGGCUGCAGAAGAGCAGGGCUCUGUGGACGGCGCCCCCGCCACGCGGUCUGCGCCGGAUUAAAAGUGCCGCGUUCCUCACGUCUCGGCGUCUCGGAUGCCCUGGUCUCUUCACAGUCUGUUUUCAGGCAAAUGUGAAAACUCAAGUGUCCUCUCGUCUUCUCGGUUGGAUCCUCACCUCGGGGUUGACAGCAGGGUGACCGCAGCCUGCAGCCGGCUCAGAGGGGGUGGCCCGAGAAGUCACCUCGGUCAUUCCCAGUGAACGUCUCUUGGCACGGGCAGGCAGGGGUAGAGGGGGGAAGGCCCGGGCUCCCGCUGCCCUGGUCCUGGAGCUCUGAACCCCACCAGCUGUCAGGAGCCCAGCCUGUCCUCCCCUGGGCGCAAUUGAGCCCUCCUCCAACCACCUCUUGGACACACCCUGGCCUUUGAAGUCUCACCAGUCACCAGAAGGGCGGGAGCUGACCCCUGACCCUCGCAGGGAGGGGGCAGGUUGCAGUGGGGAGAUGAAUCACCUCCUGGCCUGGCUGGGCAGCCAUUCAUUGUUUACAUAAAGUCCAGCUCCUGGGAGGAUCCGCCACCCCACCCUUCCUGCGCCUGUUAUCUCUGCCCCACAGCAGCCCUCGGGCAGCGCCAGUGGCCACUGGGCUCCUCUGGGGCCAGAACAGAUUUCCCAGCAGCUGCCAGGCAUGGAGCCCUGGGUCUGGAGGAAAAGAGUGCUUUUCCUGCUCUCAGGCAGCUCUCUCCCCACCAGCGGAAGGGCCGAGCGUCAGAGAAGGAAACCAGGCUGUGAAGAGCUGACCUGCUUCCCUGGAGUGGGCAGGGGUUCAGAAAAGUGGUCCCCAGGAGGCACCGGAUGCUGGGGCAUGACUGGGGGAGUGUGACGACCCAGCCCUGCGGCCCCCAGAGUAGAGAUGGAGCCACCCCUGCCCCCUCCCCACAAACACAUCCCCAGCUGCAGAAGAGGUCAGGUCUCCCUGUCCUUUGAGGAACUUCGCAGCCCUCGAGAGAGAGAGAGAGAGGGCUUCCCGCCUGCAGCCUCCGCCAGGGCCCCAGGGAGCUCAUGUGGCAGCAGCUGGGACCUCGGAGUCAGCACCUCUGCUCUGGAGCCCAGGUUAAAACAAAUUGUGUUUGAGUCGUGUGUCUCAGGCCUUUAGCUCUGUAAGUCUUCUCUGUCAAAUCAUGGUAAUAAAGCUUUUUGAGCUGGUUGUGAGGAA